GGGCAAGAUGGCGGGGGGUGAGGUUGGAGUGACUCUCGGUCAGCCGCACCUUUCGCGCCAGGAUCUUGCCACUUUGGAUGUUACCAAGUUGACGCCACUUUCACAUGAAGUUAUCAGCAGACAAGCCACAAUUAAUAUAGGUACAAUUGGUCACGUGGCUCAUGGGAAAUCUACAGUUGUCAAAGCUAUUUCUGGAGUUCAUACUGUCAGAUUCAAAAAUGAAUUAGAAAGAAAUAUUACAAUCAAGCUUGGGUAUGCCAAUACUGAUUAUUAUUUCUUCAUUGUCAGGCAUGUUUCCUUCGUUGACUGUCCUGGCCAUGAUAUUUUGAUGGCUACUAUGCUGAAUGGAGCAGCAGUGAUGGAUGCAGCUCUUUUGUUGAUAGCUGGUAAUGAAUCAUGCCCUCAGCCUCAGACUUCUGAACACCUGGCUGCUAUAGAGAUCAUGAAACUGAAGCAUAUUUUGAUUCUGCAAAAUAAAAUUGAUUUGGUAAAAGAAAGUCAGGCUAAAGAGCAAUAUGAGCAGAUCCUUGCAUUUGUACAAGGUACUGUAGCAGAAGGAGCUCCCAUUAUUCCAAUUUCUGCUCAGCUAAAAUACAAUAUUGAAGUUGUCUGUGAGUACAUAGUAAAGAAAAUUCCAGUACCACCAAGAGACUUUACUUCAGAACCCCGACUUAUUGUUAUUCGAUCUUUUGAUGUCAACAAACCUGGCUGUGAAGUUGAUGACCUUAAGGGGGGUGUAGCUGGUGGCAGUAUUCUAAAAGGAGUGUUAAAGGUGGGCCAGGAGAUAGAAGUCAGACCUGGUAUUGUUUCCAAAGAUAGUGAAGGAAAACUAAUGUGUAAACCAAUCUUUUCCAAAAUUGUAUCACUUUUUGCGGAACAUAAUGAUCUUCAGUAUGCUGCACCAGGGGGUCUCAUUGGAGUUGGAACAAAAAUUGACCCCACUUUAUGCCGGGCUGACAGAAUGGUGGGUCAGGUACUUGGUGCAGUUGGAGCUUUACCUGAAAUCUUCACAGAAUUGGAAAUUUCCUAUUUCCUACUCAGACGGCUUCUAGGCGUACGCACUGAAGGAGACAAGAAAGCAGCAAAGGUGCAAAAGCUGUCUAAGAAUGAAGUGCUCAUGGUGAACAUAGGAUCUCUGUCAACAGGAGGGAGAGUUAGUGCGGUCAAGGCGGAUUUGGGCAAAAUUGUUUUGACUAAUCCUGUGUGCACAGAAGUAGGAGAAAAAAUUGCACUUAGCCGAAGAGUUGAAAAACACUGGCGUUUAAUUGGUUGGGGUCAGAUAAGAAGAGGAGUGACAAUCAAGCCAACAGUAGAUGACGACUGAAGAAUCACAGUUAAAUAAUACAUUUGGAUGGAGUUGGGAUUUCUCUUAACCUAGGGGUAUAUUUUCAAAGUAAUAUUAGGAAAUUUAUUUCACAGCUCAUUACCUUAAUAGGUAGCUAGCUGUAAGAUUAUCCUCAUUUUUUGAUGAAAAAAUCAAAACCUCUGGUAUUAAAAUAGGACCUAUAAUAAAUAUGAAAAUUGGCACAACGUUGCAUUCAAUCUACAUGUUAGCAGAAAGUAAGCAUUCUCAAAUGUCUGAUUUAUAAUGUCAACACAGGUUCGAAAUGAAAUCAUUUCCUACGCCAAUCUUUGCUAUGGCAUACACACAUGCCGUUGAACCUGUUUGAAAUAAAGAUUGUUGUUUUUUUCAUGUUCCGUCUUUAAGUAGCUCUAGGCUGAAGGACUGUUGUACUAUUAAAAACUUGAAGACACAAA